CUAYGUGGUUAUAGCCGARUUARCAACAGCGCGCCAGCCGUUUCUUCUUUCGGAAUUUGGAUUUUGUCGCCAAGUGCAGCCAACUAGUACUAUAAAAUUAAUCACUAAACAGUAGAAUUGUCGUGUGCUUCUAGUCUUAUUUAUAACAAAUGAUGUUAAGUAGUGAAACAAGAACACCGUCCAUUGCUAAACAAAAAACACAUCAAAGCAAUAACACCGCUAAUUUAAGUUCGAAGAAAAAUAUCAAGAGUUUGCAUGAAUUAUUUUUGGAAAUACUAGACGCAGUGCUAUCAUGUGUCAUAGUGGCACCAUGCGUAAUCGCCUAUUGGCGAGGAACUUGGGAGCUGAUGGGUGUUUUAUUGUUUCCACGAAGCAUGCCGCUAUCUGCGCUCACGUCCUUUUUGAUUGGUCUUUCGGGUCACUUCGUCUUUACAAUCACGCAAUCUUGUUUUCGAAGAUACAUCAAUCCUGAUAAGCGCCGCCUUACCUAUUAUAUAAUUUCGCGAAGCUAUACAGCUUUAUUUGGCAUCGUAUGUGUGAAUAUGUGGCGCGGUUCGUGGAUAUUAUGCGAUUGGCUCACCAGUGCGGACUCCUUAAUAAUUAUUGCCGCCGUAACGCUAGUGUCUUUGAUGUUUUUAAUUGCAACACGGACUGUUCGAAAUCUGAGCGCCGCACCUUAUGUCGUUACAACGGACCAUAAAAGUAAUUAUUUCGACGUUGACACUAUGUUUAAAAUACCGAAGGAAAGAGCAAAGUUUGCAAAUUUGAAGGAUUGAAGGAGGAAAAGUACUUUCAGUUGUUGUAAAACUUCAAAUUAAACAAAUAACAAAUAAGGAAGGGCUAAGUUUGGGAGCAACCGAACAUAUUAUACUCUUUC